UAGCAGUCUUUCAAAGUCUGCCGUUUGUUUGAUCAAAGAUUUGCAUUUCUCUCCCUUGUGCAUACGUAACAUCAGAUGAUCAGAUUAAAGUGGUGAUUUUCCCGUUAAUCGUGCAUUGUCAGCCAUUGAAGUAAAUGAGUAGUGUCUGUGGGCACAAUUAGUUUGGAAACAUGAGACUCAAGUCUCUGAUUUUCAGAAGUGCUAUUAUUUUAAUUUCUGCAAUUUUGUCGCAAUAUUCGGCAAGUUGCAGUCAUACACAUGGACUUGCAUUGUUUGGUACGACGCUAGUUAUUUGGAACUUUUUACCAAUUGCUCAUUCAGUCCGUAAUACAAAGAGUGGUGUAGAUGGGAAAACGGCGAAAAAUUUACUGAUAGACGAACUUUUGAAGAAGACCGAGAUAGGAAAACCCACACAGAAAGAGCUGUAUACCACGACUUCUGGCGACGGAGAUCUGGACCCGGUGAAAUGUUUUCCAAAAGCUCUCUGUGGUGUCUCAUCUGAAGUUGAGCAGAUUUCUCGACGAAAGAAAAAUGGCCUUGUUUCGGAAUAUUUAAUUCUUAUGAAAGCAGUUGCAAAACACCCCGAAUUUUUGGAGGAUUUAGUCUCACCUUCGUCGUCGAAAACUAAAAAUGUCAAAGGGACGAAGAAAAAAAAGGGUCAAGAUAGUCCUCAAUCCGAUAUUUCUCCCAGCGACGACGCGUCUGAUUCGGAGGAGGACGAUGAAAAUGACUCGGACGAGGAAGAUGAGGAAGCCGACGAUCUUGAGAGCGAACCUGUAGUCAAGAAAAAGAAAAAAGAACCAGAAGAACCAAAAAAUGACGAUGACUUUCACAAGGCAUAUUUGAAGGAGAAAGUUGAGAUGGACAAGCUACUCAAAGAGACAAUGGAGAAGGACAAGAAGGAGCAGGAGCAAUUUUGGUGGGGCGGCGGUGACCGCCCCCCUCCUCGCGAACCAUGGAACAACAGACCAAAACCACAAGCACCUAAUAACCGACCUUGGAGUUUUGGUUUUGGUGGGAGUGGGCAACGACCAAGACCCUCACGACCAUAUUUCAGAAAGGAAGAGGAGGCAACAAUGCCUUCAGAUGACGAUGGCUCAUCUGCCAGUGGGUUUGGUGGUGGCAUUGCUGGAAUCUCCACAUUCUUCAGUAAUUUAUUUGGAUUUGGUGCAACAUCGCUGACCAACGACCCCUGGUUUCCAAGUGCUGCGAGGGAUUUAUCUGGGGAGGUUGGCGGAGUUUCGGUGGAUGAAACAAGGGAGAUUUUGGAGACUGCAUUGGAAAUUGGCAAGUCCUUUGAAAAGCCGUCACAAUGCAAUGAAAUAUUCAACGCGUGUCAGUACGAAUACACGGAACUACUCUAUAUGAUCGAUGAUUUGCGGAAAAAUGUGCGGGCUCUUGUGAAGGAGUCCCAAGAUCAAGGAAAGCAAAAAAAAACAACGAAAGGAAAGAAAAGGAAGAAUGCAAAGUCCGGGCUGACCACGUCUCAACAAAUGAAAUAUAAAUCUGGGAGGAGAAGGAAACCUGGGAAAAUGUCGUCAGUGUCUGGAGAGGUUCCAGAUGAGCGUUACGUGAUUCCUGUCACUCCACCGAAACCGGAAGGAUUUGCUGACACCUUCCAAUUUUCUAAUGUUUUGUCAUGGUUGGGAAUUGGCGGAAGCAGUGGAAAAUAUUAAUAUAUACCCUUAAUUUUAUCGGACUCAAAGUGCAAUAGAUUCUUAAUAAAUGUAUUUUAUUUAAGUAAUUUGUUAAAAAUCAGGAAA